AUGCCGGUGCCCGCCGCCGCUGCCCGCGACCCGGGUCCGUGCCUGAGCCCCGGCGGGCGGCUGGCGGCCGCGGUCUGCCUGGGCGCCCUGGGCAGCCUGGGCUUCUGCAGCAACCUGCUGGUGCUGCUGCUCUUCUGGCGCUACCGGGCGCUGCGCUCCCCCAUCAACCUGCUGCUCCUCAACAUCGCCGUCAGCGACCUGCUGGUCUGCGCCCUGGGCACCCCCCUGGGGCUGGUGGCCGCCGCCCACCGGGGCCGGGGCUCCCCGGGGGUCGCCUGCGCCUGGCACGGCUUCGCCAACGCCCUCUGCGGCAUCGUCUCGCUCAUCUCCCUGGCUGUACUUUCUUACGAACGUUACUGCACCAUGACGGGAACGACAGAGGCCGAUACCACAAACUACAGGAAGGCAUGGACAGGCAUCGUCCUGUCCUGGACGUACUCCUUGGUCUGGACCGCACCCCCUCUUUUCGGCUGGAGCAGUUACGGGCCAGAAGGACCAGGGGCAACGUGCUCCGUGAACUGGCAUUCAAAGGACAUUAACAACGCCUCCUACAUCAUAUGUCUUUUCAUCUUUUGCCUUGUAAUCCCUUUUGUCAUUAUUGUUUAUUCGUAUGGGAAGCUGCUGUGCGCGAUAAGGCAGGUGAGUGGCAUCAACAAAGGGAUGGGUCGGACCCGGGAGCAGCGCGUCCUGAUCAUGGUGGUGGUGAUGGUAAUUUGCUUUCUCCUUUGCUGGCUGCCGUAUGCGACUGUGGCACUUAUAGCUACUUUUGGGAAACCUGGUCUCAUCACCCCUGCAGCCACCAUCAUCCCAUCCAUCCUUGCCAAAAGCAGCACAGUCUACAACCCCAUCAUCUACAUAUUUCUGAACAAACAGUUUUACAGGUGCUUUUUGGCGCUCCUGAGAUGCAACAAGGCAACCACGGAGUCCAGCAGCAAGUCCUGGUCCAGGCCCUGCUGGGCGCUGCAGCGGGCGCCGGGCGACACCGGCCCCACGGCGGCCAAAAGCCCGCACCUGCCUCUGCCAGACAUCCCACCAGCUAAAAGGGCCACGCUGGUGGCCCACUACAGCCCUGAGCUGGGCUAA